GCGGCCGGCCUCCCCGCGGUCACCUGUUGGGGAGAGAAAGUGGUCGACCAGACUGGUGCUGCUGAUUGGCCGGGAAGCUGAGGGGGCGGGACUACCCGGGGGGAACCUGGAUUUUGAGUCCCGCUCUGCGUUUUAAACUACAACUCCCAGAAAGCAUUGAGGCUAUGUGGGCCGCCACAUCCGCUGUUUGUCAUUGGUCCGGCGGGGGCGGAGGGGUGUUUUGAUUGGCUGAGGGUGGAGUUUGUAUCAGCGGGUUUAGCGCCACUCCGCUGGCUACGGCUGCUCAGAGUGUGCGGUGCUAGGUGGGCUCGCGUUUUCAGGGCAGAGAAGUCUUGCUCAAGAAGCUGCAGGAGGACACAGCUCGGCUGAGGUGGUAUUAGAGCAGCAGGUCCUGAAGUGGCGGACCUAGCUCUGGCAACACCUACCUCCCUGGUGUGCUUUCAGGAAAACUCAUCAGGACCUUUGCAUCUGGAAAGCUGUGUAAAUGCAAUAAUCAGUGUGGUGAUGUCUCGGGAGACGGAUGUGGAGUGUCAUCAGCCCCAUGGCAGUGCCUCCCCACAGUCCCAAGGUGGCUUCUCGCAGUCCCACGGUCCCUCCUCACAGCCACAUGGCUCCUCUUCACAGUCCCAGGGCACGUCCAGCUCCUCCACCAGCACGGUGCCCACGUCCAGCCAGUCCUCUCACUCCAGCUCGGGUACGCUGAGCUCCUUAGACACAGUGUCUACGCAGGAACUCUAUUCUAUUCCUGAGGACCAAGAACCCGAGGAGCCUGUCCCUGCCCCUUGGGCUCGAUUAUGGGCCCUUCAGGAUGGAUUCUCUAAUCUCGAGUGUGUUAACGACAGCUACUGGUUUGGGAGAGAUAGAAACUGUGAAUACUGCUUUGAUGAACCCCUGCUGAAAAGAACUGAUAAAUACCGGACUUACAGCAAGAAGCACUUUCGGAUCUUCAGAGAAAUGGGUCCUAAAAACUCUUACAUCGCCUACAUAGAAGAUCACAGUGGGAAUGGAACCUUUGUAAAUAGAGAUCUUGUAGGGAAAGGAAGACGCCUUCCUUUGAAUAACAAUUCUGAAAUUGCACUUUCAGUAUGGAGUAAUAAAGUUUUUGUAUUUUUUGAUCUGACUGUAGAUGAUCAGUCAGUUUAUCCCAAGGAAUUAAGAGACGAAUACAUCAUGUCCAAAACUCUUGGAAGUGGCGCCUGUGGUGAGGUGAAGCUAGCUUUCGAGAGGAAGACGUGUAAGAAAGUAGCCAUAAAGAUCAUCAGCAAAAGGAAGUUUGCUAUUGGCUCCGAGAGAGAGGCAGAUCCAGCACUCAAUGUUGAAACAGAAAUAGAAAUUUUGAAAAAACUAAAUCAUCCUUGUAUCAUCAAGAUUAAAGACUUUUUUGAUGCCGAAGAUUAUUAUAUUGUUUUGGAAUUUGAGUUUCCCUCCAGGAAUGAACCCCCUGCUUUGCCUGUGUGUUUCAGGAUGGAAGGAGGAGAGCUGUUUGAUAGGGUGGUGGGAAAUAAGCGCCUGAAAGAAGCUACAUGCAAACUCUAUUUUUACCAGAUGCUCCUGGCUGUGCAGUACCUUCACGAAAAUGGCAUUAUACAUCGGGACUUAAAGCCAGAGAAUGUUCUACUCUCAUCUCAAAAAGAGGACUGCCUUAUAAAGAUUACUGAUUUUGGGCAGUCCAAGAUUUUGGGGGAGACCUCUCUGAUGAGAACCUUAUGUGGUACCCCCACUUACCUCGCUCCUGAGGUUCUUAAUUCUUUUGGGACUGCUGGAUAUAACCGUGCUGUGGACUGCUGGAGUUUAGGAGUUAUUCUUUUCAUUUGCCUUAGUGGGUAUCCACCUUUCUCUGAGCAUAAGACUCACGUGUCACUGAAGGAUCAGAUCACCAGUGGAAAAUGCAACUUCAUUCCUGAAGUCUGGUCAGAGGUCUCAGAGAAGGCUCUGGACCUCGUCAAGAAGUUGUUGAUAGUUGAUCCAAAGGCACGUUUUACGACAGAAGAAGCUUUAAGACACCCGUGGCUUCAGGAUGAGGACAUGAAGAGAAAAUUUAAGAAUUUGCUUUUUGAAGAAGAAAAGUCGAUGACUCUGCCCCAGGUUCCCGCCCAGUUCUUUGUAGGUAUCAGUUAAUAUCUGUUCAUUCCUGUCCUGCCUUCUUUCGGUAACACUCCUCUUCCUACUGCUCCCUUGCAAUUUUAUAAAUGGGGAAACAAAGAUACAAAAAAGAUUGUCUUCCCACAAAAGAGCAAGACUUGAGGCUCCCUGGGAGAGGUAUUGUGGUCCCUUUACAUUUCCUAAUUUAGAAGACAACCAAGAGGAGGCUGGUUAUGCUUCUUACUUUGAAUAGACGUCAUUGAGUGGUUGGAAGCCCCAAGGGAGAGAAAUGUCAGUCCGAUAAGGGUGUCUGAGUUUGGGAGGGGUGUGGUGGGGAUUCAGAGUCAAUGAGGACAACCAGUAUUCUUGGUCCUAGGAGUUUCACAUGAAAGGCUCCAAGUUUACUGGAAGUAUAUAGGGAAACUUUGGUAAAUUGUAACCAAGCCAGAGGUUUUCUUUGAACAUCUCUCUCUUUUCCUUUACUUUCAGCCUUCUACAAGUCAAAAGCGGCUUCUUGAAGGGGAAGCAGAGGAUGCCGACCCCACAAAGCGCCUGGCUGUUUGUGCUGCUGUCUCGUGAACACCGGUUGACCAUGAA